UCAGCAGAUAUUACACUACAGUCUGAGUUUCAACUCUGAGCAAAGACAAUAGAAGCUGUUUCUGCCAACAACAUGAAGCUGGUGAAAUAUAUUUUCAUUGUUCAACUCAGCUGUCUUUGUCAAGACUCAGCUGAUGCCCUAGUGAAAGCAGAGGAAAAUAAUACAAAGGAAAUAACACAAGAGGAAUUCAACGGUGACCCUUUCGUUCACCAUCUCAGUGCUAAAUGCAGCUGGAUGCUCAGGAUGCCUGGAAACAGGAGCAGCGAUGUGGUGGCGCUCACACCAGACUCUACAGAUACAUUAGUGGAACAGAUCUGUAAGGUUCUUGGCUGUGGCAGCGUCUUUCAUGUGAAUAAAACUGGCUCACCUCCCAACACCACCUGCUUUUACAACUGCUUUUACCAAGAUGGUCGUUUGCAGAACUGCUCACAGAGUGUGGGAAGUAACUGCACUGUGAUUACUGCAGCCGUUUGUGGCGACCAGGCUGUGCGGCUAGCGGGAGGGCCAGACCGUUGUGCUGGAAGGGUGGAGCUGUGGAGAAAUAGGAGCUGGGGCACAGUGUGUGACGACCAGUGGGAUUUGAGCGACGCUAAUGUGGUGUGCGCCCAACUUGGCUGUGGUUAUGCCCUCAGUGUGACUGGACAGGGCGGCUCCUUCCCCCCGGGCAGAGGACCCGUCCACCUGGAUGAGCUGAACUGCACGGGCAUGGAGGAGAACCUGUGGGCAUGUCCAGGUGUACAGGAUGAGCCUGACUGCGGACACAAAGAGGAUGCUGGGGUCGUGUGCUCAGAGAUGAGAGCAAUCAGACUGACUGGAGGUCUGGACCGCUGCUCUGGGAAACUGGAGGUCCACCGUAAUGGCAGCUGGGGCACAGUGUGUGAUAACUGCUGGAAUGAAGGCAUAGCCUCCAUGGUGUGCUCCAUGCUGCAGUGUGGUGGCAAGCCGCAGCAGUACAGCCAGUUUGUUCCUCCUCUCAUACACAACAAUGGGACGUUGUACUACUAUCACUGUGGCCCAAAGGAGCCGACACUGUGGCAGUGCGGGGAGCGCGUAAACAAAAGUCACCUGUGCAAGGACUCUAAAGCAUCUGGUGUCAUCUGUAACGGUUCCCUUGGGUUUCCUACACCCACCACAGCCAGUGCACCUGUAGUGACCAGUUGGACCACUGCAGGUACCACCACAAACAUCACUGCUGGAAGUUCAUCCACAACGUUCCCAGUGCUUCUCAUCGUCAUCGCUCUGUCUCUUCUGCUCCUCGUGUUUCUCAUCACAAACACGGUGCUCUGCUGCCAUUACAGGAAGAGACACGCUUUUUUACUGCAGCAGACACGCGCCAACUACCAACGACAGCCUCUCUCUGAACAUCAUCACAACAAGUAUGAAGGCGCUGUCGACCUCAUCAGAGUCACUGCCAACACGCUGCAGACAGACGUCCCCUCCAAUCCCAGGCAUCUUUGGACCCAGCUUAGUAGUGCUGACAGCACGUCAGUAGAUACAGACUAUGAGCAGUAUGAGCCAAGCAAUGACCCGUCUGUCCCUUUAUCAACCUUUCGGAAUUCUCAAAGGUACAGAACAGACAUGAACCCUUUGACGAGGCCUUCAGGUCUUGACAGCCUCUGUGAGGAAGGCCCGGAACCAACAAAUGAAGGAAUGGAAGCUUUUCAAAGCCACAACGGUGGGCCCACAGACCCUCAAUAUGCCAGAGUGUCAAAGAUUUCAGCGAACUCAUUUGAGACCUCCAGCACCUCCUCGGGGGAAUGCUAUGAAAACAUAAAUGAUGCCUAUAUCAAUGUCACUCCUGAUACAGAACCAGAUCAGUUACCUGUUGACAACAAUACUUUUGAUCCUUCAUGGCUCGUCAACAACAAUAAUCAGCUUCACAGUGGACAACAGCCAAACCAGGAGACUUCAAGAGAUGACGAUGAUGGCAUAUACUCCCCAGUGAGCCCCGACUGCUACUCUUUAUCUGGGGAUGACUAUGAUGACAUAGCAGAAGAGUCAAGGCCCCAGACUGAGACUGUAAAAUACCACUGAGAGAAGACACUGCACUGUAAGACCUGUUUACACUGAGAAAACCCAGAAGGGAUUAAUAUGGAUUGCAGGUUAAAAUAUACUUACACUUUUAUAUUUUACUUGGGCUGAAUUUGGUUGAAAAGUUUUUCUAGCUAUGGGUUUAUGGGAUAUGCAGUAAUAUACAGUAAUACGGCUACAAUGUACAGUUUUAUAGCUUUAAACCUUGCUCCAGGUACUACAUGUUGUCCAGUACUAUGAACAAUUUGUUGCCUUUCAUCAGUACAGAAAAGGCAGUAUUUUUGACAGAUCAUCUGAGAGAUCUUCUAAGACUUAUAAGAUCUCUCGGGGAUGCUCAGACAUCGGGUGGCAAAAGUAUUGCGUAAAGGAUAACGCACGUUUGUGCUCAUUUUCUGUGCUGAGCUGCAGCUCAUGUCCAGUGCAAGUCUCUGCAAGUACAUUUUUUUUAUAGCACACUGAGAUUAAACUGAUUAAAACCAGUCACCACCUGGAAGGCAGGAAAUCAAACUUAGAAGUUAAGGUAUGUUUUGGUGUUGUGUGACUCUAAGAGGAACAACUGUAAUUAUGUACAGUAUGUUGUGUUUUCUGUUGUUUUCUAAAUGUAACUAUUGCAUUUGCAUAGCAGUUUUAUGAAAUAACUGUAUUCAAGUAAUGUUCUUAUGUUCGCCAUGUUUCUUCCUGUGGAUACGUGUACAACCAAACUACUGAGUUUCAGCAUAAUCCUUAUAGCAAACUGUGAUGUGCACUACAUGGCCAAAUAUAUGUAGACAACUAAACAUUACACCCACAUUAUUGUUGAAUAUGUCACUUUAACAGAAAUGUUACAAAAAUAUCAAUAUGUAACAUUAGUCAGUAUGUAAUAUGUGGGGUCCAGACCAUAGUCAUUUGGACAGUUACACAGUUUUUUCCUUCAAACUCUCUGUUCAGUGUUAAAUAAAACAGUGGAUGCUACAUUAAUGUGCCACAUCUCAGUUUUAAUUUCAGCAGUUUACAUCAAUAUAGAAAGAACUGUGUGGGAGCUAUAGCCCUUUUAACAUACAGUGCUCAAAGGAGUUGCUGUGGGGUCUCUCUGCCUUUAGUCUGGUGGGUGCAGCUCAGUACAACCGAGAUCAGUUGAUUAAGCUGGCCAGGUGAGGAUAUUCCAACCUCUUCACCCUCAGAAGCUCUUUGGUUGCUUUGAUCAUAAGAAACAUUUAGCACCCAAGUGUGCAAUUACUUUUGAACCAUUGCAAUUAGGAAGUUGUAUGUUGCUCACAGUUUUCUAUAGACUGAUGUAAAUCUACUCAAAUUAAAUCGGGAACUUAACUUUGUCUUACAGUCUGGACUGUAUCUAUUGAUUCAAGCCCCUCUGGCUAUUCUGAUCUAAAACUAAUCAAAGUACAAUACACAAAAGCAUCGGCAACAGAAACCUUAGAAAUAUAGUCUUCGUAUGUUUGAA